UGUAUAUAUAUAUAUAGGAACACAUGUGUUUGAGUGCUUGUGUACUUUGUAAUGAUUUUGUAAAUAGUAAUGUACCCCCUGCUCUUGUUUGAGGUGGAGGGGAGACAAUGAGGAGGGGAGGGGCUGAGGUAGGGUGUCCUAUUCCCUCCCUGUGACAAUCCCCUCCCCUCAAGUCCUGAUGACAGUGGAACCCUCCUUAAGUUGCGUCUCGCCACAGCUGUCUGCAAGCAUUGAGCCGCCUGGCGCCAUCCUGCUACUUUCAGAAAGAAUGCCUUCACUGUAAAAAAAAAAAAAAAAAAAAAAAAACACAUAGAGGGAGAAAAAGCCAAGAUCCGAUCGCUCAGUCUGAACUCCCUCUCCUUGGAUCGCACACCUCCUUCCCUCCAGCUUUUGUAGGUUUUUUUUUUAGCUGAACUUUUUUGAGUAUGAGACUUCAGUCACUCCAGGAGGUCCUUCAGUUCACAAGGUGGCACCGCUAAGGUGACAUCGGACAGAUCAGCGCGCACACCGGUCUCCUUCUAACAGAACUUCGCCAACUGCAUUUCAUUGCUGUUUGAAAGGUGCUUCCUAAGUCACUGUUCUCUUCCUUAUAGGUGAUAACCGUCAUUGGAUUUGGUUCUCCCUUUCCUCGUUGGACUUAAUACUUUGAUAUUUGCGUGGAUUUGGAGCGCAUUAAGAACUUCGCUAACUGCAGCGUCUAGAUUUGGGACUUUAUGAUGGAGGUCACUGCAGACCAGCCUCGGUGGGUCAGUCACCAUCACCCAGCCGUAUUAAAUGGACAGCACCCCGACUCCCAUCACCACGCGCUGGGACACACCUACAUGGACCCCUCUCAGUACCCUCUGGCCGAAGAAGUGGAUGUGCUCUUCAACAUCGACAGCCAAGGAAACCACGUCCCGGCAUACUACGGCAACUCAGUCCGAGCGGUGCAGAGAUACCCAUCAGCCCACCACGGGAGCCAGGUGUGCCGCCCUCCUCUCCUGCACAGUUGGCUGGAUGGCAGUAAGGCUCUUGGAGGACCCCAUUCCGCUUCACCAUGGAAUCUGCCCCCCUUUUCUAAGACUUCCAUCCAUCACAGCUCCCCUGGACCUCUUUCGGUCUAUCCCCCGGCUUCCUCCUCAUCCCUGGCCGCCGGACAUUCCAGCCCACAUCUCUUCACCUUCCCCCCUACUCCCCCAAAAGAUGUCUCCCCGGACCCUUCUAUCUCCACCUCUGGAUCCAGUGCUUCGAGUCGGCAGGAGGAGAAGGAAUGCGUUAAAUACCAAGUAUCUCUGGCAGAGUCCAUGAAACUGGAAUCCUCUCACGCCAGGAGUAGCAUGGCUUCACUUGGAGGAGCAUCUUCUUCUGCCCACCAUUCUAUUUCCAGCUACCCAUCCUAUGUCCAAGAAUACAGUCCCGGGCUCUUCCCUCCAAGCAGCCUUUUGGGAGGCUCUCCAACGAGUUUUGCCUGCAAGUCAAGGCCCAAAACACGUUCAAGCACAGGCAGGGAGUGUGUAAAUUGUGGGGCUACGUCAACACCCCUGUGGCGGAGAGAUGGCACCGGACACUAUCUAUGUAAUGCAUGUGGACUUUAUCACAAAAUGAACGGCCAGAACCGACCUCUCAUUAAACCCAAAAGAAGGCUGUCUGCAGCUAGAAGGGCAGGUACAUCUUGUGCAAACUGUCAAACCACUACCACUACAUUGUGGAGGAGGAAUGCUAAUGGCGACCCAGUAUGUAAUGCAUGUGGCCUGUACUACAAACUGCACAAUAUUAACAGACCUUUGACUAUGAAGAAGGAAGGAAUUCAGACCAGAAAUCGAAAAAUGUCCAGCAAGUCAAAAAAGAGCAAAAAGAUCCAGGACACCCUGGAUGAUUACCCCAAAAGUAGCUCCUUCAGUCCUGCUGCCCUAUCCAGACACAUGUCUUCACUCAGCCACAUUUCACCAUUCAGCCACUCCAGCCACAUGCUGACCACACCAACACCAAUGCACCCUCCGUCCAGCCUGUCCUUUGGACCUCAUCAUCCAUCCAAUAUGGUCACUGCCAUGGGCUAGACUUUGUCGGUCUCCACUCAAGACUUGAUCUCUUCUUGCAUUUUUGUUUUUGCAGACUGACGGGCCCUGAAACAAUGCAAAUAUGUUAUUUAAAAGCUUACACAAUUCGGUGUUUGCCAUUUUAAAGGAACUCACUGUGGUAUCUAUGUAUUCCAAACCACUGAAUCUGGAUCCCAUUUGUGAAUAAGCCAUUGAAAUUUAUAUUCCCUACUAAAAGGGGUUUCCAGUGCUGUGAAUAAAAUAAAAAGUGACUGAACAUUGCUAAAAACUUUUACUAUAUCAUAAGAUGUACAUACAGAGACUUUUAUUGCCUCUUGGCAAAUGUUUGAAGAGCAUGAAGGACUGCAAGAAGAUAUUAAGAAUGUGGCAAGAAAACCUAAUAGUCACAUACUGCCCAGAGUUUUGGACGUGUAAGUGAACUAACUGCCAGCACUGUUUCCCUAGACUUUCGGAAGUUGUUUGAUGCAUAAAGUUGUUGACAGUUCAUACAUUCGGGCUUCUGGCCUCUCCUAAGGAAGUACUAUCAGUCCCAGGCAAUCAGCAUUAACUCACGGAUAUUGCCAAUAAGGAUUCCCAGAUAGUCAUUCUUCAGGCAGAAACGCAUUGUGAACAAGUUCCUGUAAUUGUUGUUUGUAUGUAUAAUUAAAAUGCACAAAAAUAAUAAAAAAAACGUUGUAGAUUUAUUUCAUCAUGCUAUACAGACUGAAUGGUUGUACAAAUUUAUUUACUGCUAGUGUAAAGAACUGCUUUUAUUGUUUUCAUAUUAUUAUUUUCUUCCUUUAAAAAAAAUAAAAUAGAUUACAUUCUGUUGAAAAA